AUGUAUAUCCCGCACAGCGUGAGCGAGGUGGACGGCGUCCGAUCCACGCCUCCUCGGGCCCCGACAUCAUGGCGUGAACAGGGAGCGCCGUCCCCGGCCCCGCCACAGGCCUCGACCGCCGACGUCGCAGUCCAGGUUGCCCGACGACAAUUCUCCGACGACCCCCUUGAAAACACCAACAUCAGCAUCGGCCUCACCGUCGGCCUCUCGAUCGCCGCGUUCCUCGCCUUGGUCUUCGCCUUCCUCUGGGUGUACCGCCACACGAUCCGAUGCUCGUCGCGCAGGAGGCGAAGGUCAUCGGGCGGCAGCAGCCGCAAGAGCUCCAAGAGCUCCAAGGCCUCAUCGCACCACGGCAGCGAGGCGGCCGAGGCGGCGGCUGAGGGUGGUGACGCGGAAGCGGCACCGGAGGCAGCGGCGGCUGACGCAGAGGCUGCGCCGGAGGGGGCGUGA